CAGAGCUAUACUAUGUUCAGGUUAUAGGGGCUUUGAAGAUCUACAAUAACAGACCUAAUUCUCGGAACAAUUGAGAUCAUCCAUUUUAGGUUAAUGAGAGAUUCGCUUCAAUACAAGUUUCUCCUGGAAAUCUGGGGUCCAAUGUGCAUUAAAUCCUCGAGGAUCAAGUACUUGAAUGGUCAUGACACUCAAGAAACCUUGCCAUAGUUAUAAAAAGACAGUGAUAUGUUCAUAUUUCUAGGUAUACUUCAUUUGAAUUUUGACAUUAUACACUGAAAAGAAAUCCAAAUGCUUCUCAAUACAGUAUAUACUCUGGCUUAUAGCUCAAUUGCACUUGGUGUCACUUUGAAAACCACCCCAGAUGAAGCUAAUGGCUCCAAUCAUGUUCAGUUGGCCAGUUACAACUAUACUUCAGGUGUAUUAAAUGCAGAAGUUUUCGUUCAUGAUGAUGGUUACACAAAAGAGGUGUUCUUAUAUUAUAAUGAUGCUGAAGGUAAUUCAACUCCACUAUCUGGUGUUAAUGCUGAAAACGUGGAAAAAUUAGAUAAUGGUUGGGAUUUAUACACAAUUUCAAAUCCAAUCUUAUCAGGUGAAGGCUUAUCCAAAUUAUUGAACUUGACUGGCUUUUCGCAAAUUAAUGAUGAUUAUUUCUUGGAAAUUUUGGAUAUUGAUGUUGAACAACAAGAUCCAGUAACUCAAACUCCUACUUAUCAUGCUCCAGUUAUAACACCUUCUGGGUUUUAUGAAGAUAUUGAUACUUGGUUAAACCCAAGUGAUAAAUCAUCACAAGCUUACAAGUCCAAAGUUCGUGUCUUUGAUAACAUCAAUAUUAACGGAUCAGUCCCUGGGUUGGUUGUUGCUGCUCAAUCCUUUUCUGAACCAGAUUAUGGAUUCCAUUGGAUCCGUGAUGCUGGACUAACUUAUGAUUUGGUUCUUCAAUUGUAUAAAUCACUACCAAACAGAGAUACCAAACUAGCUAGGGACCUUGAAGAUUAUUUCUUACAAUUCAUCCAAGCUUCAAUUGAUGAACAAAAAGAUCAAACUGCAAUCAAAGGUUUAGGUGAUCCAAAAUUUUAUUUGAAUAACAAUACAGCUUAUCAAGGAUUGUGGGGUCGUCCACAAAAUGAUGGUCCUUCCAUCAGGGCUUUUGUCUUGAUUGAUUUUGCUAAAGAAUAUAUCAAGAAAGGUGGAGAUAAAGACUAUAUUAUUGGUUUAUCAUGGGAAGCUCCUAUUAAAGUUGAUUUGGAUUACAUUGUUAAGAACUGGACCCAAUCAAGUUAUGAUGCUUGGGAGGAAGUUAAUUCUGAUAACGUUUUCAAUAAAUUAGUUGCAAGAAAGGCAUUGGCUGUUGGUGCUGAGUUUGCUUCACAAAAUUUGAAAGAUUUCGGAACUUAUAAGACCUUGACAGAAACUUUCAAUCAAUUGAACGCUACCUUGGAAAACUUUGCUAAUCCAUUAAGGAAAUACAUCAUUGUGAACUAUGGCCCUGUGAUUCAUAGAAAGUCGUCCCGUAAGGAUGCUUCCACAUUAUUGGGUAUAAACCACGGCAAUUUACAUGAUGGUGUUUUCGAUACAACUGAUGACUAUGUUAUCAGAACAGUUUAUGAAGUUGGUACAGCUUUCCUUGAUGUGUUUAGUAUUUCUAGUACAACACAAGAUGACAAUGGUUUACCAUUAGCUCCACCAACUGGAAGAUACCCUGAGGAUGUUUAUAAUGGUGUCAACACAUCAUACGGUAACCCAUGGUAUUUAUCAACUGCUGCAUUUGCUGAAUAUUUCUAUAACGUUGCAAAUGAUUUCAAAGAACAAGGUUCAAUUACAAUCAAUGAUCACACUUCACCUUUUUGGAAGUACUAUGCACCAAAUGUUGAAGUUGAAGGAACUAUCACCAAGGAUUCUGAAGACUUCACCAAAUUGAUUGAUGCAUUGACUGGUUGGGGUGAUGCUUAUAUCAGAACUAUCAAACAUUAUGCUGGUGAGGAUGGCCAUCUUUCAGAGCAGUUUGAUAGAGAAAGUGGUGUUCCAAGAGGUGCCACUGAUUUGACUUGGUCAUAUGCGUCUUUGUUGACUGCAGCUUUUGCUAGAGCAAAUUUAAAAGGUGAUGAUUCUUAUAUCGUCAACUUGGCCCGAUUAGAAUGAUGAGCUUGCUCUCUUCUUUACUUUUCACUUCUUUCUACGUUUCACAGUGGAUCAAUUUCGAU